AUGUUAUCAUUAAUUUAGGGAGAUAUUUUUAAAUUUGAAGCAGAAGCAAUAGCAAUACCAUCUGGAUUGAAAUUAUAAAUUUCUCCAGGUUUAAGAGAAAAAGCUUAUGAUUUCUUUGGCUAUCCCAAUAUUUAAAAAUUAUGCGAUGAAUAUUAUUAAAGGCAAUAAUAGGGAUCAAUAUAAUAUGCCCAAGCCAUAGCACUACCUAUAAAUCAUAAUAAAUUCAAAUAUAUUAUUCAUUGUAUUAUACCAUAAUAUAAUCACAAAAAUGAAUAGCAGUCAUAUUUAUUGUUAGUCAAACUAUUCGAAAAUAUGUAUUAAAUCUAUUAAAAAUUAGUUUUAAUGAAAUUCACAUUAAAAAAAUUAAAUCAAUUUUAAUUCCAUUACUAGGUUGUGGUAUUGCUGAUUAUUCAAUAGAUGAAUCAUUAAGAGCCUUUAAAGAAGUAUUUCUAAAAAAGAGAGAAAAACUAAAUGAUGUAAAAUUUAAUUUAGUUUCCUUUGAAACUUAUGAGUAUGAUUUUGUUACUGAUUUUCUCUAAGAUCUUAUGAAAAGUGAAAUUAUUUCUUAACAAAAAAACAAUUCUCUAUUAAUGAAACCAAAUUAAUAGUAUCAAUAAAGCUCUAAUUCAAAAUUAGAAGAUAAAACAAAAAUGAAAUUUGAAUAAUUUGAUGAUAAUAAUAAUUUUAUAAACUCAAAUCUUAUGAAAAUUUCCUAAUCCUCAACAGUAAAGAGACUCUAAAUUACAGAAAAUUACUAAAAUAAAUAUAUUGACAAUUAGAACUAGAACUAGUUCAAGGGAAGUGAUGUUACUUAACUAAAUAAGACUUAUAAUGAAAGAAAAGAUAUAAAUUAAUAACAAUAACAGCAAUAAUAAUAAUAAUAAUAACAAUAAUAAUAAUAAUAACAGAAAUUAAAACAAGAAUAAUAAUAAUAAUAACAAUUAUAUUAAAAAUAAGAGUAAUAGAAUGAUUAAUAAUUUAAGUCAUCUUUAAAAUAGGAAUUUUAAGAUAUUAAUUCGAAUUCUCAUUAAAAAAUAAAUUAGAAUGAGAAUAUUUAUUAACCACUUCUUACACAAUCAUAAUCUCUAAAAAAGGUAGAUAGAAACUAUAUAUCGUUAUUUAUUGACACUGCUGGAGUUUCUUUUGAUGGAAUAAAAAAUUUGAUGAAUUUAAUUUAAUUCAUGCUUGCAGUUUGUCAAGAUCUCAAAGCACUUCAUUAAAAAUUAUUAAAAAACGAAUUAAAUCUAAAAUAAAUUAACAACGAGUAUGGAUACAAAUUAUAUUACAUUAUAACAACUAGACUUUUAGAUUUGUAAUAAUUUUGUCCACCAGAAAUGGAAGAGAACUAAUAUAUAUCAGAAACUCAUGAUUCAUAUUCGAUUGGAAUGCUAUUCAAAAGCGUUAGUCAAAAUAUCAUUAAAGCAAAUUAAGAAGAUUGUAAAUAAAUUUUAUUAUAACAAUAGAAUAAUAAAUGAAUCAAAUUUAAUAGCUAUUAGAAAAACUUAUAUCUUCAUCAACCUCAGAUAGGCUAUAAAUUGAUAAAAUAUUUGAUUAUUUAUUAUCUCUUUCACAAGAUGAAUUAUUAAUACAAAAUGAGUGGUAAAACUAAAAAGUAAUGAAUAAAUUUUAUUUAUAUGAUAACUUACAGAAUAUCCAAUAAAUGAAAAAAUAAAUGUAAUUGAAGGCGAAUAUCAUGAAUAAACAAAAAUUUAACAUAAAUGAUUAAGAAAAAGAUGAUUAAUUUGGAGAGCUAAUUCAAAAAUAACCUCGAUAAGAUUUAAGUUAAUCAAUAUCAAAUAAGAUGUAAUAGCAAGAAUUUUAAUAAAAUUUGAAACUUAAAUAAAGUGAAUAAAAUACAUUUAUUGUAUAAGUUGAUUGUGUAGUUAUUCCUGUUGAUAAAGAGUAAUUUAAAAAGAGUUUACCUCCAUACAUAAAUUUAGAUAAAUAAUUGGAUAAUGUACUUAAAGAUAUUGCAAAAUUAGCUUAGGCUGAUAAAGAAUAUUAUUUACAAUCAAUAAAAACAAAGAUUCCAAUAUUUGGAUCCAAUUUUGUUUUAUUAGUGUUUUGUCCAAAUGAAUCAAAUUCAGAUGGAAGAUAAAUUUAAUUAUCAAAUUGCUUUUAUGACAUGUAUUUUUUUAUUUAUUAAUAAAGACUGUUGUAUACUUUAAAAUGUUUGAAAAUUAAUAAAAUUUGUCUAUGUUUGUAGGACAUAUAUAAUAGUUUGAUAGUAAAUUAAAAUGAUUUAUAAAAUGAUGUUCCUUAAAAAGCAUUUUCUGAAGCUAUUAAAAAGUUUCCUGAUCAAAUUAGUUUUGAAGAUAUAUAAAUUAAUAAUAAAAUUUUAAGAGUUGUUAAGAAAGGUAUAUAAGUGAUCAAUCUAUAUAGAUCCUUUGAAAUUUAAUUUUGCUAAUUUAUCUGUUACUAUUUUUAAAUAAGAUAUCAAAAAAAUUAAAGAAGUUGAUGCAAUUGUAAAUGCGGUCAAUAAUGACCUUUCUAAAGGAGAUAAUAGUUUUGAAACUAUUUUUAGAGUUGCAGGUGAUAAUAAAGUAAAAAAUGAAAUUAAUAUGAUUUUUUAAAAGAUUGGAGAAAAAUCUAUUGAAACAUCAGAAGUAGUUAUCACUAAAGGUUACAAUUUAGAAUAGGAAAAUGGACCAAAGUAUAUAUUACAUGUAGUUGCUCCAGUAUUUAAUCCUAAAAAUCCUGAGAAAUCAAUAGAAUAGCUAUAGAAAUGCCUUUUCAAUAUGUAAUUAUUUAUUUUAACUCAUUAACUUAGAUUAUAAAAAUGUCAGGAAAAAAAUAUCUAAUCUAUUGCAAUACCACUUAUGUCUACAGGAAUUUAUGGUUUUCCUUUAUUUUUAUGUGCAUAAAUCUUUCAUUAAACAUUUCUUAAUUUUAAAUUUUAAACACCUAUGUCUAUACAAAUAGCAGAUGUUGUGGAUAAUAUAGAUGAAAUAUUUUAGAAUAUCUUUAAAUAAGAAAAAUUAAGAUAAAUUAUUCAUUCCAAAUUAGAAUUUGCUCCUCCAACUGAUUGUUUAAUUGGACCAAUUGACCUUGAUAAUAUUAAUUCUGGAGUUACUAAAAGAAUUAUUGAAUUAGCAGGAUCAUCUUUUAAAAAUGAAUUACAAUAUAAAAUUUAAAAUUCCUAAUAAAAGAAUGAUAUCAAUUAUUGUAAAAGCUUUUUAAUGCAAGGUUAUAAAAUGAAAUUUUAAAAUAUUUAUCAUAUUCUAUUGAUUUCUAAACCUCUAAAUUUGAUACAAAAUCAAUCAUGUCUUUUAUACUAAGUAUUUUUUUAAAUGUAUGUUUAUUUAUAUAAUUAGAUUGGUUGAAACAUUCCUAAAGAAAAGAUUUUCUUCAAUUACAAUAUUGUUUUAUAGUAUUCUUUAAUAAUGCUUGACAAAUGAAGAGGAUUUAAAAACAUAUGAUGGAACUAAAGCUAUCAAUAUAUUUUUAUAAGUAAUUCAGGAUUACUAGCUAAAAUAUAAUCAAGACUGUGGGAAAAUCUAAAUAUUAUCUAAUGUAGCUUAAUUUUGCAAUGAAUGUCAAUUCAUUUUUAAAUGA